AUGCUACAGCUGGACUCACAGCACCCCCUCAACCUCCCCCCGCACAGCAGCAGCAGCAGCAGUGAGGAGGGAGAGGAGGAGGCCAGGGAGAGGGAGGAGAAGGGGGGGGGGGGGGGGGGGGAGGGGGUAGGGGCUGUGCAUGGGGCCGCAGAUGCGCGUGCAGAGGGCAGCAGGGCGCAUGGGGCGCACAGGGCAGCAUGGCGUGCGGGGCGCACAGGGCUGCAGGACAGCAGGGCGCGCGGGGCGCACAGGGCUGCAGGGCGCGCGGGGCGCACAGGGCAGCAGGGCAGCAGGGCACGCGGGGCGCACAGGGCUGCAGGGCAGCAGGGAACGCGGGGCGAACAGGGCUGCAGGGCAGCAGGGCGCGCGGGGCGCACAGGGCUGCAGGGCACGCGGGGCGCGCAGGACAGCAGGGCGCGCGUGGCGCGCAGGGCUGCAGGGCGCGCAAGGCGCGCAGGGCAGCAGGACAGCAGGGCGCGCGGGGCGCGCAGGGCUGCAGGGCGCAUGAGGCGCACAGGGCAGCAGAGCAGCAGGGCACGCGGGGCGCACAGGGCUGCAGGGCAGCAGGGCACGCGGGGCGAACAGGGCUGCAGGGCAGCAGGGCGCGCGGGGCGCACAGGGCUGCAGGGCGCGCAGGGCAGCAGGACAGCAGGGCGCACGGGGCGCGCAGGGCUGCAGGGCGCACGGGGCGCACAGGGCAGCAGGGCACGCGGGGCGCACAGGGCUGCAGGGAAGCAGGGCACGCGGGGCGAACAGGGCUGCAGGGCAGCAGGGCGCGCGGGGCCCACAGGGCUGCAGGGCACGCGGGGCGCGCAGGACAGCAGGGCGCGCGUGGCGCGCAGGGCUGCAGGGCGCGCAAGGCGCGCAGGGCAGCAGGACAGCAGGGCGCGCUGCAGGGCGCAUGAGGCGCACAGGGCAGCAGGGCAGCAGGGCACGCGGGGCGCACAGGGCUGCAGGGCAGCAGGGCGCACGGGGCGAACAGGGCUGCAGGGCAGCAGGGCGCGCGGGGCGCACAGGGCUGCAGAGCGCACGGGGCGCGCAGGACAGCAGGGCGCGCGUGGCGCGCAGGGCUGCAGGGCGCGCAGGGCAGCAGGACAGCAGGGCGCGCGGGGCGCGCAGGACAGCAGGGCGCGCGGGGCGCGCAGGGCUGCAGGGCGCGCGGGGCGCACAGGGCAGCAGGGCAGCAGGGCGCGCGGGGCGCACAGGGCUGCAGGGCGCGUGGGGCGCACAGGGCAGCAGGGCAGCAGGGCACGCGAGGCGCACAGGGCUCCAGGGCAGCAGGGCACGCGGGGCGAACAGGGCUGCAGGGCAGCAGGGCGCGCGGGGCGCACAGGGCUGCAGGGCGCGCGGGGCGCGCAGGACAGCAGGGUGCGCGUGGCGCGCAUGGCUGCAGGGCGCACGGGGCGCACAGGGCAGCAGGGCAGCAGGGCACGCGGGGCGCACAGGGCUGCAGGGCAGCAGGGCAGCAGGGCGCGCGGGGCGCACAGGGCUGCAGAUCCCCUCCCCCCACUGCUGCACCCGCAGCAGAGGGACGGAGGAGAAGGGGGGGGGGGAGGGGGCUGCAGGGAGAGGGAGAACGAAGUUGGGGGGGCGGGUCCUCGGGCGACGAGGCAAGGGGCGACGAGGCCGCGGGCGACAGGUCCUCGGGCGACGAGGCCGGGGCGACGGCGAGGAGACAGAGCCGCAGGCGACGGCGCCUUGGGCGACGAGGCCGGGGCCUAG